GUGAAUAGUGUAAAAUUCAAUAUGUUACACUUAUUUAAGAACGGAAGUAGUACAAAGUUAUUUUGGAAAUCGAAGGAUAUACGUAGUACGUAGUAGGAAAAUUAAAUAUAGGUUGAGUUCAUAAGUUAUUUACACAAUGAGUCUUUGUUACUUCGUACUCCGUAUUUAACAAUUAUUAAGGGAAAACAAAUGAAGAAAUAUGGUGACACUGUAGGUCAAAUCAAAGCCAGAGGGCACCCGCUUUUCUAAGCAGAGGCACCAGAUCUCCAGCGAUAUGAGCCGCCAAAACCUUGUCCAAGUCACCGAAGAGCUUCCCGCCGAUGAAAGCCGCCGGAAGCAACGGCAUCUGCGCGGCGGGACCUCCAGUGCAGCUGCGAAUCCGGGAAAGCUGGUUGGCAAUGGCGACCUCGUCCUCCACAUCGACGUCAUAAAUGGCGGGGUUGGCGCCGAGGCCCAAGAGCAACCGCUGCAUGACGUAGCACAUCCAGCAGCCGCGCCUGCCGAAGAUGAUGAUCGCAUUCUCCGCCACGAGCAGCGCGCAAUCGAUGCCGUCGCUGCUGCCGGAAUCGCACGAGCCUUCGCUCGAGGUGGCGCCGGAGUUGGUCUCCGAUCGGGGCGAUUGUUUCAUGGUUAAAAUUCGGAUCGGAGAGUUGAUUGAGAGAUGGAAUGGUGUUUAAUUCAGAUC